AUGGCCUGUACGAAAACUAAGCGUAGAGCUCGUACUCGCACUCAGCGGUUCACUUCGAAUGUUUUUUCCAUGUUUAAUGAAGCUCAAAUCAGCGAAUUCAAGGAAGCGUUCCUAAUGAUUGAUUCAACUAAAGAUGGUGUCAUUGAUAAGCAUGACUUAGAAGAUAUUUUCAUCUCCUUGGGAAAAUCGCCAAACGACGAGUACUUAAACGAUAUGCUUUCACAAGCACCCGGUCAAAUAAAUUUCACAAUGUUUUUAACAUUAUUUGGUGAGAAAAUGAUGGGGUGUGAUCCGGAAGAAACGAUUUUAAAUGCUUUUGCUUGUUUUGAUCCUGAGGGGACAGGUGUAAUAAGUGAGAAACGUUUACGUGAAUUAAUGACUACAAUGGGGGAUAGAUGGUCUAAUGAGAAAGUUGAUGAAUUAUUCCAUGGUGCACCGAUUCAAGAUGGGAAUUUCGAUUAUAAAGAAUUUACACGAAUGAUUAUGCAUGGUCAAGAAGAAGAAGAAGGUCAAACAAACCAAACAUAAUUUUAUUAUCAACUGAUCUUUUAUAUAGUUGACAGCAAAUUGAAUUUUAUACUCAUCACACUUUCUAACUUUUCAAAAUAUAUACACACGUAUACAUUCAUUUUUGCUAAUCUGUUGUAUUUCUUUUUUUUUACAUUCCAUUUCUACUCUACUCAUUGCUUGCUACUAUUUGUGCCUUAACGCAAAGCACCAAGAAAUAUAUCUUUGAAUGCAUAAAAGCUUUUCUUUUAAAUGAAUUACAUAACCUUAGGUUAUUUUACAGAUUACCUUUUAAUGUGAACGCAAGUACUUUUGUCGCCUUCAAUAAGUCAAAGUUUUGAUGUCAUCGUUCAAUUUCGAAAUUUAUUUUUCAUGUCAUAUUUCAGGAUAGAUACGAAAAGCAUUGAUAGUCAAUAAAUUCCUCAUUCAUCAAGUCAAAUCAUUUUCGAUAUCUUAGCUCAAAAAAUUGAGAUUUGUGAUUAGGCUGUUGAAAGUUUAACUCGUCUCUGGGGAGGAAACCACUAGGGGAAUAUCAGUUAGUUAAUACGAUUGCGCCUUCUUGCGCACUGGUUUUCUCAAAAUUUAAUGUUGACUGGAGCGAGAUACUAGUAGAAGGGUUUCGAUUGAUAUGUAUUUUAGAUGUGAUUCAAAUUAGUAGGAUCUCAAAUUACUGAUCUGCACACCUACAGGUCUGAUGCCGAUGUUCAUGAGAUGUUAGAGAUAGUUUACGCUUCAUCGAAUUUCUUUCUAAGUUGGGAAAUAUGUUGAUUAUGUCUUCCUCGGGUAUAAUUCAUUGUUUUGUAUCAAGAAUAUCAGUGACAAAUCUCGUAAAUACUGUGGAGCUGCUCAUACUCGAAGUAAGAAAGUCGAUGUCCGGUCUGCAGAAUAAUUCAUCAAUUCCGAAUAUGUAGAGUACUGAGAAAAUAGCUCGACGUAAAUACGGUACUAUGUUCUUAAAAUUCGACAAUUUCAUGUUGCAUCGAAUAAUAUGUGGUUCACUUCAGAAAGGCAUGUCUUGAAACAGUUUAUAGUAGUGAGUCAUGAGCGAUGUAAAACCUUGCUUAUAUAUGCAUCGACUCAAAAUACUACAUUAUAACACCAAAUCGAAAUAAAAUUAUUUUUGUCAAUCUGAGAUUAGUAGUAGAAAAGAUUAGGCAUGAAUAUAGAAGGGAUGAGUUUGAUGAAUAGGAA